AACACACCCUAAAAGUUAUACAUGAUAACUUGAACCAAACGUACCUUUAGAAUAUUCGAUAAAUAUUUUAGUUUCUUAUAAAAAGGACCAGUUAUACUAUAAUUAUUUUUUUAAAAAAAAUGGAAACUUAUAAGGGUGUUCUUCUAAAAUAUAAGGGUGUCAUACCGAAUAUUUAAAAUUGUGAAGGACUUAGAUGAGAAAACAGAUCUAGGUUUCUCCUCCGUGUAGCGGCGAACGCCUCAUCGUCUGUUGCGACCCAAUUCUCCUCCUGCUGCUCCGCUUCGGACGUCGGCGCCGGCGAUCGAUGAAUUCGAUCUUCUCUAUCACUUUAAUCUCGCCUCGGAUAUCGAAACUCAUUCUUUCUCAGGGCUUCUACGCUCACGUCUUCUAGUGCCGCUGUCACUCCCUGUUCGCGACUGGAGAGGCGCGACCCUCUCCUCCUCUCUUGCGCCGACACCGGGCCGAGUCACAGUCUACUUUCAGGAUAGCUGUGGUCGAUAAAGACUUCUGCUUGCGUUCCAGGUAUCACCCAAGAUGUCCGCCAGAACUGCUCACAUCCAGCUUGUUCGUUUCCAUCCUGAGGUGUAUGAGCCAUGCGAUGACUCGUUUGCUUUGGUUGAUGCACUCUUAGCAGACAGGAAACAUCUGAUAGAGCAACGGCCAAGACUAUGCAUGGAGGUGGGCUGUGGUAGUGGCUAUGUAAUCUCUUCUCUGGCCAUCAUGCUCAGUGAACUUGGCAAUGGAGUUAAUUACUUUGCUACAGACAUUAACCAAGAUGCAGCUGAAGCAACCCGGGCAACGCUGGAAGCUCAUGGAUUGCAUGCUGAAAUUGUUGUUACUGAUAUUGCUUCUGGUCUUCAAAAAAACCUUGCCGGCAUGGUUGAUGUGGUUGUUGUAAAUCCUCCCUAUGUGCCAACUUCUGAAGAAGAGGUUGGUUGCAAGGGGAUCACUGCUUCAUGGGCUGGAGGAUAUAGCGGUCGCAGUGUCAUCGACAGGAUCCUUCCUGUUGCUGACGAACUUUUAUCUCAGAAAGGUUGGUUAUAUAUGGUCACCCUAACCGCAAAUAACCCAUCACAGAUAUGCCGCUUGAUGAAACAAAAGGGGUAUGCAUCACGUAUUAUUGUGCAGAGGUCCACUGAAGAAGAAAGCCUUCACGUCAUCAAAUUUUGGCGGGAUGUUGCUCCUGAUCGAAGCAAAGGUUCUGAUUCUUGGUUCUCCCAAUUUCCUCUUAAAUCUUUCUGGCAAAAUAGUGAAAGUAAUGACUGAGUUUGCUUUGAGGGAAAAACACUCCUGACAGAAUCGUUAACUCAGAACAGUCUAGUUCAGCUCACUGAUAGAGCCCUCCGAAUAGAUUUGAAGGUCAUAUACCUGUUAUCAAGUUAGUAGCCUUUUGCAAGAAUUUCAGGCAAAUUGUCUAUGAAUUGUCAACUUAAACACUACUAUAUUUGAACAUGACCUGUCAUUAAUCACCUGCUUAUCGUUUUUGCUGA